UUCAUCGCCUUUGCUUCUUUAUUCUUCAUCUUAGUUUCAAUCACGACCUUCUGCCUGGAAACACAUGAGGCUUUCAAUACUAUUAUAAACAAAACUGAACAGGUCAUCAACGGGACAGAAGCUGUGCUACAGUAUGAGAUUGAGACAGAUCCUGCCCUGACAUACGUGGAAGGAGUUUGCGUGGUAUGGUUUACAUUUGAAUUUUUAGUACGUGUUGUUUUUUCCCCCAACAAACUUGAAUUCAUCAAAAACCUCUUGAAUAUCAUCGACUUUGUGGCCAUCCUGCCCUUUUACCUAGAAGUGGGCCUGAGCGGGCUCUCCUCCAAAGCUGCUAAGGAUGUGCUUGGUUUCCUCAGGGUGGUAAGGUUCGUCAGGAUCCUGAGAAUCUUCAAGCUCACCCGGCACUUUGUGGGCCUCAGGGUGCUGGGUCACACUCUGCGAGCCAGCACCAAUGAAUUUCUGCUGCUGAUAAUAUUCCUGGCACUUGGUGUUUUGAUAUUUGCCACUAUGAUCUACUACGCAGAGCGGGUGGGAGCUCAGCCUAAUGACCCAUCAGCGAGUGAACACACACAGUUCAAGAACAUCCCUAUCGGCUUCUGGUGGGCUGUAGUCACCAUGACCACCCUGGGAUAUGGGGAUAUGUAUCCACGGACUUGGUCAGGCAUGCUGGUGGGAGCCCUGUGUGCGCUGGCAGGGGUGCUUACCAUAGCCAUGCCCGUGCCUGUGAUAGUUAACAAUUUUGGGAUGUACUACUCCCUGGCCAUGGCAAAGCAAAAACUGCCAAGGAAGCGAAAGAAGCACAUCCCUCCUGCUCCUCAAGCCAGCUCACCUACCUUCUGCAAGACAGACUUGAACAUGGCCUGCAAUAGCACACAGGGUGACAUCUGCCUGGGCAAGGACAACCAGCUGAUGGAGCACAACCGAUCAUCAGUGUUAUCAGGUGAAGACAGUGCAGGAAGUGAGCAGCCACUCUCACCUGGUGAAAGGCUCCCUCCCAUCAGACGUUCUAGUACAAGAGACACAAACAGAAGAGGGGGAACAUGUUUCCUACUGACAACAGGUGAUUACACGUGUGCUACUGAUGGAGGGAUCAGGAAAGUGUUGUACAGAAUUUAUCAUGGAUUUUUGACUGCUGAAAAAGGGACAAUGGAAUUUAGCCAUACCAAGGACUGUACUGGAAAGAGACUGCUGCUGCUGAAUGGGCCCUGAUAAACGACUCACCUUGAGGAGGUCAUUGAGACUUUAUGUGUGAAGUAGAGCUUUUUAAAGAAGAUUAAAGACUGCUCAUAAUUACUGCUGCCAGAGGAAGGGGUGACUAGUCACUGUUGAUGAGUUGGCUGUAAAUAAAACGUGUGCAUGGAAUAUCAGUUUUUAUCUAUAUCAAGGAAAGCUGAAUUCAUGUCAUCAUUGCUAAGGCUCCAUGCAAAGACCCACACCCCUGUGUUUAUUCUUCCUGGUUCCUGCAGUAAGUUGUGUUGUGGAUCAUACAAAGACACACAAUAAUGAUAGUGAUGUAAACUACAUCUGUCUUGACUUCUGUCAUACUAAUGGCAUAUUUUACAAAGGUCACAAAAAUGAACAGAGUAGGUUUGCACAAGUCCUUGCUUUCUCAGUUUGCCAUGACCUAUAUUUGUAUGAAUUCUAGUGUACAUGCAAGUCUUAAGUUUACUGUUCACUUUGAUAACAGAAAUGUGACUGCAGACAAACAUCACUGACUUUGUUCACAGCACACAGUCUUCUUUCAUUGUUACCUCAAAUUAUAAGUAUUAUCAG